CUUUCUGAUAAGAAAUUCCGAAAACCUGUUGGUGGUAAAUCAUUGGAAUUCCUAGAUUGGUUCCUCUGCGACUUAUUAAUAUGGAAACUCGUCGACGAGCUGAGCACAGUUCUUCAUUUAUCAGAGCUACGCAAAAAUCGAGCCUGAUGUCCAUAUGGUCGACAAGCACUGGACGCAAUUCAGUGUUUGGCGCGGAGGACGGAGCGGUACUCCCCUCCUCGCAUUUGCCGAUCCACGUACACGUGGCGCGUACACAUCUGCGCAACGCUGACGGCCACUGCUUCCAUAAGCGGUUUCACGACUGUCAGCACCCGUUGGUUUUUGUCCUACACAGGACUUUUGGCAAGUUCUACCAUUGGCACCGACGUUGCCAUCUACUUUCGUCGAAGAUGUCGCAGUCGGGAGAUGGCCUUCACACUCCGGGUUAUCUCUCUUGGAGAAAACUACAACUUAGCCGAGCGAAACUUAAAGCAUCGAGUAAAACGUCUGCUCUACUUUCCGGUUUUGCCAUGGUAGCUAUGGUAGAAGUACAGUUGAACUCUGAUACACAAGUACCUUCACAGAUGCUUAUCGCCUUCGCCGUGUGUACUACAUUGCUAGUUGCUGUUCACAUGCUAGCCCUAAUGAUAUCGACAUGUAUUUUGCCGAACAUUGAAGCUGUGUGCAAUCUGCAUAGUAUAAGCUUAGUACACGAAUCUCCACACGAACGUCUACACUGGUACAUCGAAGUGGCGUGGGCAUUUUCCACUCUACUAGGACUUUUAUUGUUUUUGUUGGAAAUCGCAAUACUUUGUUGGGUGAAGUUCUAUGACUUUUCACAAGUGGCUGCUUGGUCCGCCUGUAUUGUCUUGAUACCGGUACUAAUAAUCUUUCUCGCAUUCGCGAUACAUUUCUAUCGGAGUUUGGUGGCCCACAAAUACGAAGUCACAGUUUCCGGUAUAAGAGAACUAGAGUUACUUAAAGAACAAAUAGAGUCGACCGACGUUGAAGGUAGAAAUGGUGUGAAUUUACUACAGACUGCUGGUGUGACGCACGUGGUCUGAACACAAUCCAUGAUUUGUGUUACUUUCAAAAUGUGAUAACUUCCCUGAGUGAAGGAUAGUGAAUCUCUGAUUGUCUGGUCAGGCUACAAUUAUACAUAUUACAAUUACACAUAUUACAAUUAUAUAUAAACAAUUCAAAGGAGAAAUCAAAACGACUUACGAAGAUUUAAAAAAGGAAAAAAAAACUGUAUCGAAAAUACCACAAAAGUAACUGUCUUGUAUGUGAAAUUUCUCAAAAUUGAUUCGCCUAUAUGCAAUAAGAUCUUUCGAUAGGCAAAGUGAUACAUAUAUCGAUUCACAUAUUUAUCCAUAUCGCAAUGAAUUUGUAAUGAUGGAAAAAAAAAGUCUAUAUGUUGAACGUGAAACAUUCCUUUUUCAUGUAGCGACUUAACUUAUAAAAAGCAAUGUCGUAAGCGGUAAUAUUUAUUGUAUAAUAUAUCCUUAGCUAUAGCUUAAAAACAGUCAGAAAUGAAGGUUUAUAUUUUCCUUUGACAAUGCGUGACUAGCUUCCAUUGAAUGUACUUAUUAUCAUGUUUAAAAACAUGCCUGUCAAGCGGUAUUAUUUAUGAUUCUUUUUAUUUCGUUCGUUUGUUUCGUUCUCACGUAAUAUGUCCUGUAUUCAAGUUCUUUUGCGCGGAGACAACAUAAUUUCCUGUCUCAUUGUCUCUGUCUAUAUUUACACAUGGUCGUCAAGUUACUGCCGUCACCAAAAAAGUGGCAAUUAAAUUAUUAUAUAUAGCUUUUAUUGCGAACAAAACAGUUUAUACGAGUAUACAUAUGUUGAUAGAAAGAGAUAUAUGCAAAGUUGAAGUACUUUUGCUAGAAUAAAUUAUACAAACAACAGCGAUUCAUUCUGUAUUGCAUGUUAUUCUGAAAAAUAAGAAUAUAUGUUUAUGAAAUAGAAUUUAAACAAGAGCACGUGUUUAUGGACACGCAUAUAUUCUCAAUUAUACGCUUUGGUGCUCUUUUACAAACAUCUUCGAUGAAAACGAAUUCCGCUUUUUGGUCAUCCUCCAUAAUUUCGGAAGUGUUUUGAGAAUCAUUAAUGCGCGUUAUCGCUUCCACCUAUGGACCAAGUAAGAAUUGUUACAAACUGAAUAAAAAUUUCUCGAUGAUUUGCUCAUAAUUGUUAUGUACUUCCGGAAUAGGAUACGGUGUUGGACAAGUUGCACGUUGUCGAAAAUCUGCAUCCGAUAUGGUUCCAUUUAUAAACCAAUCGUUUGUCCAGAAACCACGCUGCUCUUGGCCAGUAACUAUGUGAUAAUACGUGCCGUAACCUUCUUUCUUGCCCUUGAUGAACUGACCCUCAUAUUUGUUGCCAUUAUCUGUAAAAAUUGCAUUAAAUAUUCCAUUCACUUUUAAUUAUUGCAUUGGUAAAUAACAAUAAAUUAUUUCUUAUUUACAGAAAGAUUAAUAAGGCAAAUGGUAAAAGGAAAACCUUUGACGAGUAAUCCCAUGCCAUGGUAAAGAUCAUCCUUCCAAGCGCCUUCAUAAUAAUCUCCAUUGCAAUGCCACAUACGACCAUAACCAUGCCGUUUAUUUCGACAGAAAUCGCCUUCAUAAUAAGAACCAUCUUUGAACCAAUUAUGUCCGAAUCCCUGUUUCUUCCCAGCUAUCCAUUGCCCAAUAUAAUAUCGACGAAUAGUAUGGUCUUUUCUUGAAAUUUUGCUCAAAAUACCGCAACCGUGUUUUUUACCGUUCAACCAGCUACCAUCGUACAUCCAGCCAUCUCUGCGAAAUUUCAACCACGUUAAAAAUAUCAAAAGAAAAUAUAUAUCUCAAAGAGAGACUCUUUACUC